AUGGAAGCGGCGGAAAGAGGCAUCACGCUGGAACUGACUCCGGAAGCUGCUGAGUCCUUGCGAUCGCGUCGGAUCCUUCCACCUACUUCCGUGAUUAGUAACGACGACAACGACAAUUGGAAUGAAGUCUUGACGGGUCCUAUCCUACCAAGUCACGAGAGUGACAACAGCGAAACAAUUCCACAAGGAGAACUCAGCAGUGUUCGCGACAAACAUCCACAAGAAGACGAAGAUGACGACAGUCUUUCUUUGUCACCUCCUCCGCAUCUUCCCGUCGUCCGCAUUGAUUUGGAGCGUCUUGUUGGAUACCGACCAUGUAGUGAAUUGGAAGCACGGCAAGUUCGUUUGCAAGUGAGGGCUGCCCUUUGGGGCUUGGAGGAUGUUGAUGGCGCACAAGAAGGAGACAAUGCCGAUGCGUUAGCGAGUGAUUUUGAUGAUCGAGUCGCGGAAUUGCUGGAAACACGCGUCGCCGUUCACGGAACCACCAUUGACAAGAACCAAGAAGUCGACCGAUCGUCAACAGAUUCUGCAAACCUAGUCUCGAAUCGAUAUCGAUACGCAAUUAUCGACUAUCCCGAAUACCUCUGCGAACGAGAAACCCUUUCUAGUACGGACGACAACCGCCCUACCGAUGAUCCCGAUGUACGUGUGUACAGUACGGCGCGUAUAUGGAAGCGGCUUUUACAGCCACAUCGCGUUAGCGUCGUGGAUCGAUUGCUUCGGCACGUGACCAGCUGCAAUCGAGGGCUCCUUUGGAAACACGCGAUGCGAGAAGAGCUCGUCCGCUUGGCUAGGGACGAGGAACACGCCCGGGUGGCGCGUCAACAAACCGAGGAGUUGCUCUUGUGGAAAACGGACCGGCGUCAAAGCCAACUCGAUAAAUUGUAUUCCGUCCGAGAAACUUUGGAACAUCGCAUUGAUUUGGCACAGUCACAAUUGCGCGAAUUGGAAGGAGCGAGAGAAGUGCAGGUCCAGACGAAGCUUGAAGCACAGCGCCUGGAUCAUGAUACACAGUUAGAUGGUUUCAGUGCGCUCGAUUGGUCGUCCUCGGCCUUUGGUUUUCCGUCCGACUCGAAAUUGGAAGAUUGCGAUUUGUUUGGUCUACGAUGGGACGAGGAUGACUUUGCCGAAGACGAGGAAUACACUUUACUGUCGGAGCAUGAGGACAAUGACGACGAGUCUCUGAACGAAUCGGAUAGUGAUCAUACUGGCGAAAAGGAAGGUAGUGAUGACAGCACAAAAGGCAGCAUGCGGGAUGACACGAGCGGCCAGGAACCUCCGAGGGUGGCUGCAGACGAGGCACCUCUCGCGCUACCGGUCCAAACUGGCGACGCCAAAUCUCGCCGUCGACUGGCUACCCGCAAACGUCGUCACUUGCUAAGAGCGCAUGCGGAAGGAGCGGAACGAGAAGCGCGAGUACGAGCCGCCAAGGAGGAAGAAGAGGCCUUGCGGGACGGUUUCACGAGCACGGAGCUCAAACUUGCCUCGGCAUUGGUCCAAUCGCUACAAGGGAAAAUGGCACAAGUUGAUAAUCUAUUAGAAACGAUACAAGAAGAAGAAUGGCAAGACGAAGAAGAAGGCAUCACUGAGUUACUUUUGGAAAGCAAGGGCUCCGGAUCAACUCCAGACGGGAUGGUGUUGUCUUUACUGGACCAGAUUUUGGCCAUGGUCCUGGGCGCCACGUUGCCCGGUGACCAGACGCUGUUGGAUGAGCACGUGUUAUGGCUGCGGGACGAACAUCGAUCGAUUGCGACGGAAUGGCAAGCGUAUUUUGGACGGCUUCCUGCACCGUUGACGGGUCCUGACGACACGUUUACCUCUCCGACAGUGAUGGGGGAAAAGACGGAACCAGCGGUUCGGAGUGAACCGGACAAUUUGCCGAUGACGCCCGAUCGGCAAAGCGUGUUGCGCCAAGCCCUGGGAAUUGUGGAACACGAUACCGUCGAUUGGGAAGAUGAGGAAUCGGACUGUGUGGACACGGUCGGUUGUACCACAAAUCCUGCGGUGGCACACGCUGGUGGCAAGGCUAUAAGGACGCGUGCCCCUACGAGUGGAUUGCGGCCCGGUGGUCGGUUGUAA